AUGCCCGUCAUCUUCCAGGACGUUGAUAUGGAUACCAUCACCACUUCCACCUCUUCUAUAGCCGUUGGUGUUGUUCUCCAAUCGGCAGCUGACUGGCGGCCAUGGAUCCAGCGGCUUCAGCGCCUAGUAGAGGCCCGCGAGAUUUGGGAGUAUUUGGAGAACGACCCCGGAAAAAUCCCUGAGACGCCACCGGGGCCCGAUUUGUCCACGCUGCAGACAUUACAGGACCUCGCCCACUCUCAGCAAGCGACGGUAGCGACACUCCUUCGCACAGUUUACCGUAUGUUAGGCCUGAGCAUAACUCAACAAUAA